UGACAUUUUGGUAUCAAUGCGUGUGUAUGUUCAUUUAAUAUUUUUUCCAAAAUUUCUUUUGUAAGAUGCCGAAAUACUACAGGUUUAGGGCGACGACGCCUACUCGAAAAAUAAAAAGAUGCAGAGAAAAGGAGAAAGAGAAGGGAGGAGAGAAGGUCAAGUUCGUAGCAGAAAGGAGUUGGCUUGACGUGACCCUAGCAUGCACACCGGCGCCAUCUUGGUACUUACGACGCACGUCCUGGCGCGAAAGCCCGCCACUAAUGGGCCUGCCGCGGGAGCUCGCAGCAGGUCUUAGGGCCUCAGUCCAUUUAAGCAAUCGUCCUAUUUUCGUCUUCAAAAUUCCACCCACAGCCCUCUCUCAGGAGGGCAUACGUCCCAUGUGAAACGUGCAUUCAAAUGUCAAAAUUUUCCCGCGUUUUUCCGUUUUUGGUUGAAGGAUUUUUUUUAUAUUUUUCAGUGAUUUGUUCAUUAGUUAUUCCGUCAACCACAGAUUUUCCUAUCGUGAUGGGUAUUACAAAAUUUAUACGGAA